CCAGCUGGCAGGCUAGCAGCAGCAGAGAAGAUGGCUGCAGAGGGGAUCCUCAGGCCGCUGUCUGGAUCCACAGCACACACUGUCAUGUUCAGCCAACACUAGCCAGCGUGUCAGCCCGGUUGUUCCGUCUCUCGGUUCGGUUCGGCUCGGAGGUGGAUGAACCAACAUGGGGUCGCAGACUCUUCAGAUCCUGAGGCAGGGGGUCUGGGCUUCAAUCACAGGCGGAUGGUACUACGACCCCGAUCAGAACACAUUCGUCAACGCUUUACACCUCUACAUCUGGCUGUUCCUGCUCUGUUUCCCCUUCACCCUCUACAUGGUAAGAGCCGCUGCUGCCGUGGAGGUGGAGGAGGUUUUAACCCCUCUGUUGUUUGUCACGAGUGUCCGUGGAGGGCUGAGAGCUGCCGUCGGAGACUAACGGUCGGUCUCUGUCUAUUAUCUGGAGCCGAGACAAUGUAGCCUGUGUGUUUUAACCAAAGAAACGACCACGAAGAUGUAAACUUAAGGCGAAUAUUUUCACACUGACGUAUUUUUAUUGUUUUCAAAACAAGUGUGACCUUAUUUAUGAGAGAAAAAACACAGAAAAAGCCGUAAAUGGCUGCCCUCUCUCUUAAGAGUACACUCAACAAACUAGCUGGCAGCGAUGGGUCAGUUGGGAACGAGUCGGCUCUUUUAACCGUCUCCUCUGAACCGACUCUUGUUAUGAAUCGUUAUAUCGUAAAACAACCCUCUCAUGUUUUAUUAAUGUUAAUUCCAGCUUUAUGUAGUGAGUUAUUUUGUGUUUUUCAGGUUUAAAAUAUGAGUCUGCUCUUUGGUAGUUGUUAACUUAUAUGAAACAGACUAAAACUGUGCGUUUUCGUGACCUUUAAAGCAAACAAGACAAUCAGUGACAAGGUCCAAAAUGUCUGUAAGAUAACUUAAAAUGUCUGUGAAUGCGGUAGAAGUCAGGCGAGAUUAUGGACAGCACACUAAAGAAACUGCCUAUUUGACUUUUCCCACUGUUCGGUCGUGUUCACACCUAAAGAUCUGUUUCCUGAUUCGAAUCAAUACAUUUGUCUUGAUUGUUUAACUGGUCCGGUUUGCGUUCACAAAGGGCAAACUCAACUGCUCCAGAAAACGGAACCGGAAGUCACGUGAUCGCGAAUAUCGUUCUGUUAUUGGUCAUUAGUUUAUGUGGGAAUACAAACCCCUCUGUGCUGUCUUCGACUGUCAUGGAGCAUCGUAGGCUGAUUUCGCUUUUGCUACUCAUCUUGAGUGCGUAUUAAAAGACGCUAAUCGAUCGCAUGUAUGAAAAGAUUGUUAGCCGGCCAUUUUAAGGGGUGUCCGAAACCCGAGUUAUCAGUUCAGAUGCCCCACAUAGGUGACUCAAAAUUUCCCAUAGAGCCUCCUCGCUGGGUGAAGCCACCCCGAGAACAGCACCCUCUGGUGACGGGCUGCAGUAUAGGUCAUAAGCCCCGCCUCCUCCAGCAAUCCCUAUGGAGCUGUGGACAAACUUUAGAAACUAAUUACACAGAAAAUCAAUUUUUCUCCCCCCUUGCUGCGAUGUUGACAUGUAGUUACUGUCAGACUGGUUUGUGGUCAAGUCCUCUUUUUUCUGUGCAGCUCCAUUUUUGAAAGUUAUUAGGGGUACAGCUUGUACACUUGUUGAUUUCAGUUCUGCUGCUUCAUUUUAAGAAAUAAAUAAAAUAGUUGAUUUAGUGGCAUGUUUGGAAAAGGAAGAGGCAUGUCUGGUGUGACAAAGCAUUUCUCGAACAAGAUAUGUAAGAUAAAAAAUAGAGCAUCUAGCUCUGAAAGUCAAAGAGUCGUUCACUGUUGAGCUGAGUCAGUUGAUCCGAUCGGUUUAAUUGAACUGGAAACCCCAUCAUCAUCAUCACCUGGAGUCUGGAGCAGACUGCUCUUUUGUUCAGUUUAUCUCAGCGCUGCUGUUAAGGAGCGUUUGGAGAUUAACAGUGAAAACACCGUGUCCAGGCUGUAAUCAGUGAAUUAAUGCCCCCUCCUCCUCCUCCUCCUCCUCCUCCUCCUCUUCAUCUCCUUGUUGUCCUCCUGUCUGUUGUGAUUUGUGGUUUCAGCCAUUUUCAAAAGCUACCAGCUGUGACUGCAGGCGAGCACAGCUGACAGGGACGUGUGACGCUAAUCUGGCAACUUCACCGUCCAAGACUCAGCGGACUGGCUGCUGUUUGCUCCCUUCAUUUGUCUCAGGAGCGUUUUGUUUGCCUGCUAAUUCGCUGUGUGUACCUUUACUGACCUGAAAGGCUGCCUCCUUAUUUUCAAACAAUCAAACUGUGGAGUCUGGAUGAACAUUUUCAGACACAUCUCUAUUUAAACGCUGAUGUUUGCUCAGCAUACUAGCGUCUAAAUUGAGGGGUCGAUGUUUGAAAUAGGUUUGUGGUUUCCGUUCUAUUCCAGGAGUGGAAAUACUCUUGUCAGCUCGACGGUUUUAUAGUGAGCCACAGGUUCGAGUGGGGCUGCUGCUGUUUGUAAUAACUGCAAACAGAUGAAGGCGGCGUGUCAAGGACAACAGAGGCGCAGAGAUGGAGAACACAGAGAGAGAGAGAGAGGCUGUAAAGAGACAUAGAAUAAUGAUUUCAUGUGAAAAACUGAGUAAUUUAUAAGAACCUGACAAGAACUGUGAUUUUAACUGACUAAAUACUAGAGUGAGGCGUCCACAGGAGCCGCCCACGCUGAGUUUGUUUAUGUUGUUGUGCAACUUUGGCGUCCUGAAGGGGUUUAUCCAACACAAUACAACUACACAAACAAAACAGCGGGCCGGCGUUAAAGCUGUGGUCCUGAGGAGGAUGAUGAGGAGGUAGAAUCAGAGUUUUUGUCUUUGGAUGUUGGAUGGAGGAUGAUUUUAAAAAUACUCCCUUUUUUAAACUGGGAUCAAGAUAAAUUUGAGCUCCAGGGUCAUCGCUCCUCUCUCAAACCGAUGUCUGUUUCUGUCUCCGACCCCCUGCAGGCCCUGCAGCCGACCAUGGUGAUCGUUGGAAUCUACUGUGGCGUGAUCGCUGCCAUGUUCAUGCUGCUGAAGACGGUGAAUUUCCGCCUCCACCACGCCCUGGAUGAGGGCGAGGUGGUGGAGAAGGCGAAGAAGGAGAGUCAGGGCAGCAGAGGUGGCACCGAGGGGGCCAACGACGGCGGUGCCACGCGGCGGGAGGACAGCAACGGCCCCGGGUAAGAGCAUGUCCGACACGGCCCAGUGGUCAGUCUGAUGAUGAUGAUGAUGAUGAUGAUGAUGAUGAUGAUGAGUGUCCUGCUCUCUGAUCAGUGGUGGUGUGCAGUCACUCAGAGUGAGCGGUGUCAGUUAAAGCCGCUGUAACGAGGAUCUGUCCUGGAGCCGUGGGCAAAGGUCUCGUCGUGCAGCGCUGAUAAGGCGGGCUGCAGCUGGAAGGAUCCAUUUAGAGCCUCCUGAUAAGACGAGGAGUCAGAGCCGCCGUCACAGCAGGAGAGAGAGAGAGAGAGAGAGAGAGAGAGAGAGAGAGAGAGAGAGAGAGAGAGAGAGAGAGAGAGAGAGAGAGAGAGAGAGAGAGAGAGAGAGAGAGAGAGAGAGAGAGAGAGAGAGAGAGAGAGAGAGAGAGAGAGAGAGAGAGAGAGAGAGAGAGAGAGAGAGAGAGAGAGAGAGAGAGAGAGAGAGAGAGAGAGAGAGAGAGAGAGAGAGAGAGAGAGAGAGAGAGAGAGAGAGAGAGAGAGAGAGAGAGAGAGAGAGAGAGAGAGAGAGAGAGAGAGAGAGAGAGAGGGAAGAGAGAGAGAGAGAGAGAGAGAGAGAGAGAGAGAGAGAGAGAGAGAGAGGGGGACCGUUACUGUCGCUGUGUUCCACUUUUAUUCCACCAGAGAGAGACCUGAACUGAGGGACGAGUCUGUUUAGAGGCUGAGGGGUAGUGAACUAAUAACUAUUGACUGAUAUUACAAGCUUUUUUGUAGAUACACCACAAAAAAAGAUGCUUCUUUAACAGAUUCCUUUAAUUUAAGGAUGAUAGAAAAACUUUAACAUCAGCGUAAAAACAAACUGCUGCUGCUGCUGCACAGUCAGAGUCAAAAACCUGCUCGACACCGACUCGUAUUUGAUCACGAUCUGAAGAAAGUCACUCUCUUCAUCCAGCAGCUGUUUGUUAAAUCUGUCCCUUGGCUUUUCAGGCAGACACUCGUCUGUCCCCGCUCUGCUCCCUAAUUUAGUGAAGUGAAGUGUUUAUGAUGGGAUCAAACUGAAGAAAGGACGUUUAUGAGCCAUUUUAUCGAUAUUAUUUUUGGGGUUUUGUUUUGUUACUCGCACAGUCCCUACAAGAGGAACUACAGGUGAAUCAUCAUGUAAAUCACCAUCGCUGUAAGUUGGACGUAUCUGUUUUUCAUUUAAUCAAUAAAUGGCAAAAAUAUAACUCAACAACAACCUUUGUCUGGACAUUAGAUUGUACUAGAAGCGCGUCAAAAACACCCAGACAGUGACUGAAAUUCAGAUCAGCAGAGUCACUACAGGAGGCGAUUGUGAAGAUCAGCCACUUCACUCCUCUCUCCUCCCAGACUGUGACUGAACCACGUUCCUGAUCUCUCUCUCUCUCUCUCUCAGAGACAGUGUCACGCUCCCACGCUGCAGAUGUUUUCUUUCAUAUUUGGCUGUAAAAACAAACCGGAGUUUAUCCAGAGAGUGACGUCUGCUGCUGCUGCCUAAGAAGACAAACUCUCUCCUCUGCAUCGUCAGCGGCUCAGUGCGACCAGCCUGCCAGGAUUAAAUGGAUGCAAUAAAGAUUUGAUAAGACAGGAAUUAAACAUUUGAUAUCGACUGUGAACAGGGCGGAGAUCAGCUGAUUAGUUUGAGUGUUCAGAAGCAGAAGUUUGUUAUGAAAAUGCGGAGUCCCCUGCAGGUGAACCUCGGAGCCAUCACACCCUGUUCAGACCCAACUACGGGUUUCUAAUGAGAAAUCACCCGUUUAAAAGGUCGUUUCCUCUGGUCAUGUGACAUUUAGAUUAAAAAAACUAAAUCUACUGUGCCACCAGGCCCCCAAAUGUCAGACCUCCAGAGAGAGGUUCACUCUCCUCCAGCGAGGUCCCGGCGUUUUUACCGCCCAUGACUCGCAGGAGUGACUCAUGCUCACAUGCCAGAGGGAGCGCUUAGCAUGGCGGCGCUGAGAGAGAGGAGAGAGACAGAGCCAGAGCGCUGAACCACAGGAGUCGCAGCAGCAGCUUUGCCCACAUCUGGACUCACAUUCCAGGUUGUUUGAGUCUGCGGCAGAGGAGCAGAUGAGUUCAUUAAGGUGUUUUUUUUUUUCCCCCUCUCAGCUCCUUUUUUCCAGCCCCGGUUCCUCCUCUCUGCAUGUUUGAGUUUGUUCCUCCAGUGUUUAUGUUGAGGUCUGACCCCUUAUGAAACAUUUUUUGGCAUAUGGAAGUGAUUUAUAGACGAUCCCCUGGCAACUGCUUGUUUCGACAUACCGACUGGUUGAACAAGCGAGUCGGGGGCUAAAUAUAGUCGUGGAGGAAGUCUGCGCGGAGGCUUUCAUCUGUUGGAGUUUUCAGAAGUCCCUCCUGAAUCAUGAGGAACAGUGACUCCUCAUGGAGACUCUCUCUGCAGGAACUUUUUACUCUGAGCUUCUAAACUUCAUGUGUGUGUUCAUAUGUGUGUGUUCAGGGACCCUGGAGGGGGUAUCGAGAUGGCCGACUUCAUCAGGCAGGAGACCCCGCCGGUGGACUGCAGCUCCAGGAACUCCUACAUCGGGAUGGAGUCAAACCAGCAGGUAAGGAGAGUCUGAGGACAGCAGCUCCUCCUCCUCCACUUCUCUGGAUCAACAUUUACUCCUCAUGUAAACACACAUCAGUCUGUCCAGUCUAAAGUGGACUUCCUGGUGGAGCAGCUGUUCCCAUGACGAUCCUAACAUAGCCUCCCGUCAGCUGAUCUCUCCCUUAAUAUUCAAAGUUAUUUAGCCGUUUUACUCGGCGAGAUAUAUUUAACCCCUGGAUCCCCAACGGGCCGCUGCUGCUGCGCCGCUCGCUCACUCACUCACUCAUCUUUGUACGUCCUUGAGAUGCUAAUCAGCCGGCGUGUCCCGCUUCAGCACACGAACCUCAUCUCCUUCUUCUUCUUCUUCAGGAUGAUAACUCUCUCUGUCAGUUUGUCUUUUCUUCUCCUGAAACGAUUUUCUCACGUUUCUCUUUUUCUUCUUUCAGAUCGCAUCGACUCACGGGAGAGGAGCAGCCGCCAAAGGUAACUCCGGCUUACCUGUCGUCUGUGUGUUUCUCUCUCUCAGUCUCUUCUCUCCGGGGGAAAUUCCAACUCGAGUUCAGACGCAAAUAGAUUUGUACAUACUGAGGAGGAUCGCUUCAGCCGACAGCUGGGGGGAAAUGAUGUCAUGACUGAUAUGUAAUCCUCCUCGCUCCUCAGAGUUCUCAGAUGGUCAUUUUCAGAGAGAGAGAGGAAGCGUCUUUGACAGACCAACGUUGUGUUACCAAAGACGAAACUUCCUUUUCCUCACCUUCAUGAACACUCAGUCUGUGCGUGACGUUCAGCAGAAUCUCAUUUUUAUAAUUACGCUUUAAUUACGUCUCCUCCACAUGAGGAGCAGGUGUCCUUCGCUUGUAGGAAACGUGUGAAUACGGCAGCUCAGGAGGGACAAAAACAGCAGCGUUUGUGUUUUUGUACGGAGUGAGAAGAAGAGAGUGUUGAUUUUAAAUUUAAGUUUUAGACGGUAAAAAGCUUUUUGUCCUCUAAGGCCACCGUCCUUUCUUUAGCAGGAGGGGUGAGCAAGGGAGCGUUUCAGUCCAGAAUCAGGAAGUAGUCCUGAUUCUGCCCUUAUAAGGACAUAUGGCCACCUCCUCAUGUAUGUGUCAAAGUGAAGCCCCAAACACAACAACACACUCAAGGACUCGACAGUGCCCGUUUCACUCGCAUUUGUGACUAAAAAUAGACGUGUGGGAAUUGUAAAAUGUAUUUUGGGGCACAUGUGCACAUAAAAAAAACAGCCGCGGUGAAGUUAGUUUCAGGUUGGAUAUAUUUUCCUGUAAAUACGGCGGUGAAGUUAGUUUCAGGUUGGAUAUAUUUUCCUGUAAAUACGGCGGUGAAGUUAGUUUUAGGUUGGAUAUAUUUUCCUGUAAAUACGGCGGUGAAGUUAGUUUCAGGUUGGCUAUAUUUCCCUGUAAAUACGGCGGGGAAGUUAGUUUCAAGUCGGAUAUAUUUUCCUGUAAAUACGGCGGUGAAGUUGGUUUUAGGUUGGAUAUAUUUUCCUGUAAAUACCUCGGUGAAGUUAGUUUUAGGUUGGAUAUAUUUUCCUGUAAAUACGUCGGUGAAGUUAGUUUUAGGUUGGAUAUAUUUUCCUGUAAAUACGGCGGUGAAGUUAGUUUUAGGUUGGAUAUAUUUUCCUGUAAAUACGGCGGUGAAGUUAGUUUUAGGUUGGAUAUAUUUUCCUGUAAAUACAGCGGUGAAGUUAGUUUCAGGUUGGAUAUAUUUUCCUGUAAAUACGGCGGUGAAGUUAGUUUCAGGUUGGAUAUAUUUUCCUGUAAAUACAGCGGUGAAGUUAGUUUCAGGUUGGAUAUCUGACGGACAUUCUCUGAGGAUCUACCGGUGUCUUCUCACUCUCCGUAACCGGGAAUAACAACAGCAGCGCGGUUAAAUAUACUCGACACCCUCACUGUCAACGUCGGUGUUGAAUAAGGGACCGUCAAUAAAUUACCGGUUGAUGUUCUCAGAAAAGGCUGUUUUCCUUCAAUAGCUUCCAGGUCAUGUGACCAAAAGACCUAAAAUUGAUUUCAGAUUAUGUCGACCAAUAAGACAAACAUUAUUUGAUCAAUUUUCACUUUGCCCCUUAAGUUCUUAGUGUGCUCCUUACUUUUUCAACUUAGGAGCACAUGUGAAAAAAGUUAGUGUCAGCCCUGUACACACACACACACACACACACACACACACACACACACACACGGACAUGAAUGACAUGAUAUUAGUGAGCUAUGAAAACAAAAGGCAUGUUUGAAAUUGGGCUAUAUGACCUGUACUGAAGCCACCCACCAGGGGGAGCUUCUGCGUUUUAGGUCUCACUUUUGAGGAGUCGUCAUGUUGUCUAUCUUUAUAUACAGACUAGAGCUGAAAAUUUACUGAUACCGAAAUUUAAAACAAUAACCAACGUUUGCCCAUAUUGUAUAUUUGGUGUCAAAACAAUAAAUAAAUAAAGUUGGUUUUGGAUGUGUGUAGGUAGGCUCUGGUCUCAUGAAAGACAGGUGAGGAGAUGGAGGACGGUUCAAAAGUUGUAGCGGCUGAAGUAGACAAAGUUAAUGUGAGAGUGGGUGAGCAGCUUGUGGAGUAGUUAUCGAGGUGAACUGAUCAAUAUAUCCUGAUAUUGAUUUAAGGACAUAUUUCCCAGCCCUAAUACAGACUAUCUACAGUGUUUUAUUGAGUUUAACCAGGAGACUGAUUUAAAGAUGGAGACCAGCAGCAGCAGCAGCAGCAGAUGUAAACAGAAAAACACGGACUGGUCCUUUAAUUGAUGAGGCGGACCCUCUGUUCCCGUCGGUGUCCUGUGGUUAAUGGAGGUCUGUCUGUGAACAUGUGAGACCGUCACAGUACCAGUCUGAGGUUUUUCAUGGCGGCGCUCUGAGUGCUGCGUCUGUCCCCUGAGGGUUACGCCGCAGCUGCUCUCUGAGGUAACACACCAUCCGGCUCAAUCCCAGAAUGCUUUGUCAUUUCUCCAGAAAAGCAUGCUGCGUUGUGGCGCAGGUUUCAGAUGUCAGAUGCGCUGAUUUCCCGUGACACACACACACACGAGCGCGAGGCGGGAUCACCGCAUCUCUGACCAUAAUCACCCCGGCUGCCAGGAGAUGCGCGCUGACUCAGCGCUGCGGUGACCUCAGCAGUCACACCACGACGAGGCAAAAACUGAUACCCUGUCAGACUCAGCAGCACGAGGAGUCAGCCCGCCUCUGUAGGAACUCCUGAUCAGACCGUAAACAAAGUCGGCGCUGCGCUCUGGGUCCGUCUGCUGCUGCGUCCUCUGAAUUAUUCAGUGAGUCUGUUCCACGCCAUUCUAAUGAGGCGGCGGUCUGUGAUGACAGGAAACAUUGUGAAGUGGGACGAGAGCUCAGCGGGGUUUAGUGUUUGGAUCAGAGUCCCUCCUCCUCCUCCUGCUGCUGUCGGAGAAGUGAACACUCGCACCUUUGUCUGAAGGUUAUCAGACAUCAGGAGGAAUCCGUGAGGCUCGCUCGGUGACAGACAGAGGGAGGGAUUCUGGGAAAAAGGCUGUUUCUCUGUGAACGCAUGAAUAAUUGAUUCAACACGACGUUAACUGUCCGUUACUUCCUGUCUUUGCAGGAGACGUGGAGAAGACGUCAGACGACAUCAGUCUGACUCUUGUGGAGAGCUGCAGCCACGAUCACGGUAAAAACACAGAUUCAUCUGAAAACGUGAAGAGACGGGUUUCUGUGCAACGUCAUCGCAGGCAGGGGCAGAAAGGGGGAGGUUUCUUCUUUGUUUACUAUCAGAGAGAGAAAGUGACGAGGAGCUGUUGUGCUGUAAACUAUCGGCAAACAUUUCGACCCCGAUCCUGAUAUUAGAAACAUCUAAAACAACGACACGACCUGGAAAACUGAGUGAAAUUCAUGGAUGUUGUUAGGAUCGUGUUUUUCUGAUUUGAUGCAGUUAAAGACGAAGUGAUUUUUCAGUGAAACGACAUUUUAUUGUAAUUGUUCAGGGAGAACUAACAAUAUCUUCAUUGAUAUUUAGUUCACUCUGAAGCUUUUGCCCCCUGAUUGCACGUUUGUACACGAGAAAACCGUCUAUAAAGGAUCAGAGACACGACCUAAAAUCAGGACCCUGGUUCUGAUGGUUCUGAUGGUUCUGAUGGUGUCACAGGUUUAACUCUGUGGUUCUCUCUCUCUCUCUCUCUCCCUCUCUCUCUCUCUCUCUCUCCCCUCUCUCUCUCUCUCUCUCUCUCUCUCUCUCUCUCUCUCUCUCUCUCACUCUCUCUCUCUCUCCCUCUCUCUCUCUCUCUCUCUCUCUCUCUCUCUCUCUCUCUCUCUCUCUCUCUCUCUCUCUCCUCUCUCUCUCUCCCUCUCUCUCUCUCUCCCUCUCUCUCUCUCUCUCUCUCUCUCUCUCUCUCUCUCUCUCUCUCUCUCUCUCUCUCUCUCUCUCUCUCCCUCUCUCUCUCUCUCUCUCUCUCUCUCUCUCUCUCUCUCUCUCUCUCUGUCUCUCUCCCUCUCUCUCUCUCUCUCUCUCUCUCUCUGUCUCUCUCCCUCUCUCUCUCUCUCUCUCUCUCUCUCUCUCUCUCUCUCUCUCUCUCUCUCUCUCUCUCUCUCUCUCUGUCUCUCUCUCUCUCUCUCUCUCUCUCUCUCUCUCUCUCUCUCUCUCUCUCUCUCUCUCUCUCUCUCUCUCUCUCUCUCUCUCUCUCUCUCUCUCUCUCUCUCUCUCUCUCUCUCUCUCUCUCUCUCUCUCUCUCUCUCUCUCUCUCUCUCUCUCUCUCUCUCUCUCUCUCUCUCUCUCUCUCUCUCUCUCUCUCUCUCUCUCUCUCUCUCUCUCUCUCUCUCUCUCUCUCUCUCUCUCUCUCUCUCUCUCUCUCCUCCUCUCCUCUCUCUCUCUCUCUCUCUCUCUCUCUCUCUCUCUCUCUCUCUCUCUCUCUCUCUCUCUCUCUCUCUCUCUCUCUCUCUCUCUCUCUCUCUCUCUCUCUCUCUCUCUCUCUCUCUCUCUCUCUCCCUCUCUCUCUCUCUCUCUCUCUCACAGAUCUCCUCUCGGACACUAAGAUGUACUGCCUUGUCCCCAACGACUCCUUCGCUUCUCUCCAGCCCUCCACCUCCUUGUGUCCUUCAGAGUUGUCCAGAGAACCCGCCGACCUCUGUUCUUCUUCUGCGUAUAACUUCAGCCUGUCUCACUCCUCCUGUGACACCGAGGUGACCUCUCAUGGAUCCUUACAAUCUCAGACCUUCAGGAAGGAGCUCCGCUCUCGGGGACUCCCUCGGACCUCUAGCUCCGCGGGUUCUGCUUUCCCCGACCCGUGUUUACCUGACUUUGCUCUGUACCCCCCGCCCAGGAGAGGAGGCCUGGACCCUGUGUGUGAGCUGGAGACCAGCAGACCCCACAGGGCGGGUCUGAGUGGGAGGGAGGGGGCGGAGCGGCUGUACCAGCAGGACCCGGCCGUGCCCUCCACCUCGGGGAUCGAGUGUUAUCGGCACAAAGAACCGCGCAGGGUCGCCCGCUCGGCCUCCAGGGAGGCGGGGGAGGGCAGCUCAGGACUCUACCAGGUGGAGGUGGGUGGUGGCGGCGGGAAAGGCUCAGGUGGGGGAGGAAAGUCCCAGGGAGGGGAGCGCAGCGCCGACAGCCUGAGGAGCCUGAGUACUCGCAGCAGCGGCUCCACGGAGAGCUACUGCAGCGGCACAGACAGGGACACCAACAGCACCGUCAGCAGCUUUCACAGCGAGCAGACAAGCUCCACCCACGUGGAGAGUCUGCUCUCACUUUCAGGGGACGAAAGAGUGCGGGACAGAGGAGACGCCGUCUCUGCUCCGGCCGCAGACGGCAGGACUUCCAGCCUGGGGAGUGUCAGCUCUCGGGGUCUCAACAACCUCCCCUCCAGGGAGGCCAAUAAAAACCCUCACGCCAACGAGUUGACUGCUAAACCGCCGGCUGACGCGCCGUCACCUGCGGCCCAGGAGCAGGCGGAGCCCGGCAGGUGUCAGGAAGAGCCCGGCGUCAGGACCAGCGCUGACGGCUCCUCAGGUGUAGCUCCCGCGGAGCAGGAGAAGGAGCAGGUGAAGGAGGACGCUCAACCAAAGCCAGCCAGCAUCGUUCAGAGGACGUCCUCUCUGUCCACGGGACGCAGCGGACGCCGGCGCUCGGGCAAGAAAAGAGCGAGCAGCUUCGACGCCAGCCGGCAUCGGGACUACAUCUCACUGCGCGGUAUGGCGAAGCCCUGCAGCGCCGUGUUCACCGGGGGUGGAGAGGAGGACUCCAGCGAUCAGAGCGAGCUCAGCUGCGCCUCCAGUCUCCACUCCGCCCACCACCUCAGCACAGACAGCUCCUCCAGCAACACCUCCCGCUCCUGCCACUCCCCCGAGGGGUACUACAGGGCCCUCAAAGCCAAGCACACGACAGCCAACGCCUCCUCGUCGUCCUCCUCCACAGUCAAAGCCGCCGCCGCCGCUGGAUCGGAGGGAGGAGCGCGGACAGGAGGGAAGCGGCGCACCUCCCGCCGCACCCCCAGCACGGGCAGUGCCAAAACACACGCCAGAGUGUUGAGUUUGGAUAGUGGGACGGCCGCCUGCCUUAAUGACCCCAGCCGCCUCGGAGCGCCCGCUGGGCCCCGGCCCCUCACCACCUCCAAGUCGGACCUGGAAGCCAAAGAAGGGGAGGUCCUGGACGCCGCAUCCCUGCUGGGUCGGGCCUCCCAGCUGGAGUCGGUGACUCGUUCCAGAAACAGUCUGCCCAACCAGGCGGCUUUCUCUGAGCCUCAGGACGCCGCUGCUGCUUCUCUGCGGGGUACGUACUUCACACGGCUCUGACACACUCAGAUCUCUGUCUGCUGUCUGAAGGUCCAGGUUCUCCUGUCAGAGACUCUUCAGACGACCAGGAACAGACAGACAGAGAGAAUCAUGGGAAAUCUGUCUGGUGUAGUCUGAUGGUUUUGGUUUAGGUUAGGAGGAGCUGACAGCAGGUGACGUCCUCCAGAAGAUGAGUUUGACUUCUUCUUAUUACCUGUGUGUGUGUGUGUGUGUGUGUGUGUGUGUGUGUGUGUGUGUGUGUGUGUGUGUGUGUGUGUGUGUGUGUGUGUGUGUGUGUGUGUGUGUGUUUGUGUGUGUACCUUUGAAAAAACACACCCUCUCUCUCUGUCUCUCCGUCUCUCUCUCUGAUUCGGCGUAACCAUGGUGAGUUUCCAUGGAGUGACAGUCCUGACUCAGGCGGAGGAGCGUUCCUUGUGUGGAUGGGUAUUAGCAUCAGGGUACAGUGUGUGCUUUGUGCUGAGGUUAGACAAACAGCUGCUCUCUUAUUGGUGUCAUACUCUCUCAGCCUGAUAGACAUCCUCUGCCCCACAUUCUUCAGACCUGCAGGGAGGCUCCUGCUCUCGAGUCUGACUGAGAUCUGCUCUGUUUGGGUUUCUUGUUUUCUGGCUGAAGUGUGUUUUGGAUGUUUGUUAUGAUGUUUGGUUGGAUCGUGUCUCAGCUGUGUGAAGUAGAAGCUUGUCAGGAUGAGCGACGUUAGAGUCACUGGAGGUGAUUUUUCUUUGUUUCCUGCUGCUCUGGUUAACGCCGUCAGACGCGAUCGAUGGAGUUUUUCCUCAGAUUUGAAAACAUCAGUACGCCACUCCUCGAUCCUCGUGAUCCUGUAGUGCUGAAUAAUUGAUGGCAGCAAAGUUAAAGGUACAGUGCGUAGUUUUCAGCAGCAUCAAGCUGAACAGAAUUGGAAGAAAUAUAGUAUCAAAAAAAUACUUGACUAUGACUAUGACUUAUAAUAAUAAUAAUAAUAAUAAUAAUAAUAAUAAUGAUAAUAAAAAUAAUAAAAUUAAUAAUGAUGAUAAAAAUGAUAAUAGUUAUAGAGAUAAUUACUAUAUUUAUAGCAUUUAAAAAAAUAUAUAAUAAACACAUAAAAAUAAAUAAGUAAUUAAUUAAUUAAAAUAAAUAGAAAUAAAUUAAUAAAAAAAUAUUAAAACAAACUGAUAAACAAAUAAAAAACAAAUGAAUAAGUAAAUAAUUUAUAAAAAUAAACAAAAAAUGAACAAAAAAUGUAUUUAAAUAAAUUGAUAAAAAAACAAAUGAAUAACUAAUUCAUUUAUAAAAAUACGCAAAAAAAAAUUCAAAACAAAAUAAAAAAACGAAUAAAUGAAUAAGUAAAUAAUUCAUAAAAAUAAACAAAAUAAAUUAAAAAUGUAUUUAAAUAAAUGUAUAAAACAAAUAAAAUUAAAUCAAUAAAUAAGUAAGUAAUUUAUUAAUUAAAUAAACAAAAAUCAAUUUAUCAAAACAAACAAAAAAAUGAAUGGAUGAAUAAGUAAUUAAUUAUUUGAAAUAAACAAAAUAAAUUGAUAAGAAUAAAAUGAUUUUAAUAAAUUGAUAAAAACAAAUAAAUGAGUAAGUAAAUAGAUAAAUAAAUAAAUAUGAAGUAAAUAUGGUCAAAGACAAACAUUAGGGGAUUAAAUAAGGACCUUUAAACAAACUGCUCCAACAAAAGUUUUAAAAUACUAUUUUUUAAAAUAAAUUAAAGUCAAUAAAUUUAUGUGAAAAAGCAGCUUUAAGGUAAAUUCAUGUAAAAUGAGUUUUUAGAGGUGAUUUUAAAGAUGUCUCUGAUUCUACACGCCGUGUCUCCUCAGCGAGGUCGUCCCUGAGUCAAAAAAAGGAAGAAGCCGAGCUGCUGCUUUUGGACCAGAGAGGAGAAAGUUCUAGUAAACUAACCGAGAACAGGACAGAGCAUGAGGGACCUUUUCCAGAAUGGAUUUAACCUAAUCGAAUGAAACAAGAUUAGACUGUUUAGUUUUUCAUGUAAUGAUGAAAAGUGAAUUCUGAAUCCAAAAUCACUCCGAGGUUUGAGGGAAAUGGAGAGAUGUGGGAGUUUCAGUCAGCUGAAAGAAACUUUGAGCCGUCCAACUUUUAAUGAACAGGAGGUUUAUUAUCUGUGCGUAGUAUAACAUUCAUAGAUCUGAUUCAAUUAGUGUCUAAUCGUUCAUUUCUGCUCGACCGUCAGCCUCAUGGUCAUCUUCUUCAGUGUCCCCGCUCGUCCUCCUCCUCCUGUAAACACGUCACAGAUGAGUCUUUGAAAAUGGAAAUCUUGUUACUGGACAGUUUUACCUCAUAAAAACACUCGGGGGUUUUCCUCCUCCAGCCCGACUUGUUGACACAAACUCGGUGACUGUGGUUAGCUCAGUUUAGCCAGAGUUAGUCAGAGUUUGCUGAGUCAUUACACAGACUAAGAUAGUUUUUGAGAUUUUACAGAGCGUGUUUAUCUCAUGAGGAGGAUCUGAAUGUGACUCCUGUUUUUAGAAAAGACGAACCUGCCCCUGUACGCAAACAGGAUAGUAGACUUGUGUUGUGAUUUGGCGUCUGCACAGUUGUGUAAUAACUCUGUUUGUGUGUCUGAUUUUGAAGUCACAGCCUGAAGUUUGGGGUUCAAGUUUUGUUUUUAUGUGACAUGAAGUUCUGAACACACCGAACCCUCACCCUCUCACCACCACAGCCCCCGGCAGCGAGGAGACCGUCAUAUUCCGGCGUGAGCGUAGCACGUUUCGUCGGCAGGCGGUGAGGCGGCGACACAACGCCGGCAGCAACCCCACCCCGCCCACCUCCCUCAUUGGAUCUCCUCUCAGGUACGCCGUCCCGCCCGGUACGAGCAUGCUGCCCCUCCGUCUCCCAUGACGUCAGCGGGUCUUGGUCUCUGUCCGGACCGGUGUCUCCUCUCUGCAUGUGACGUCUCUCUCGUCCUCUUUUUCUUCUUCUUCUCCUGCUAUCACUCCGUCUAAUCUUCCUCCACAUUUUGAGCCGGGAUCAGAGAGAGAAGUCCUCUCAGGGUCUGACUAAUCCGCUCCACUGACUGACACACAGUCCUCUCAGAAGUCCUCACAUGAUUCGCUCAAUAACACAGACUUCCUGCUGUAUCACGUUGCUUUGCCCUUUUAGGCAACCUUUCUAAGAAGAGAGCGAGAGAUGGAGACGAUAUCGAUCCUAAAAAAAAAUCAAAGAGCCUCUUCACAGGAAUAUCCUGAGUUUUUUCUCUUAAAGGGACGGUUUCUGCAGGUUUAAAUUUAGACCCGCUUUGAUCCAGGACUUCACAGAGCCGUGGAGAACUCCCUCCUCCCCUCAGUGAGCUGAAACUAAAUUUAAUAACAGGAACAGUUUGAUGUUUUUUCACACAAACAGCAGAUUAUCUUUAGAAUCAGGGGAGCACCUCGGCUCCAACCUGUGGGAUCGGACUUUAUCAGACCUGGUUCUAACUUGAUGUGGGGUCUGAACUUGAGUCCUCUUAGAUGGAGGUCACAGGGACCCACGUUAGUCAAACCUAGACCCGGUCAGAGGUGGAUCUGUCCCCGUCUCUGUAACUCCUCCAGCUUCGUUGUCAAACCGCCAACAGAUCCUCGCCAAGACUCUUAAUAAGGUCACAUUUCUAAACGCUGAGUCUUGAACAUUUAACCAGAAUCUCGACAGAGGUCAAUAAACUCACAGAAACGAGUCCCUCCACCCUCCUCCACCCUCCACAGAGUGUUUUAGUCUUCUCGCUGACACAGCAGGUCUCUUCAGCUCAAACAAACAGUUUAAUUCACAGAGUGACGGUUCAGAGAAAUCACUCCUCUUUAAUUUAAUCAAACUCUCACACCCAUCUUCAACUCUCUCGACUCGAGGUGUUUUUGUUUGAAGAGUCUUUAAAAACAAAAACCAGGAGAGGUCGACCCGGCUCAGAUCUCUGCAUGGAGGCUCCAAUCCUGGACUCCAGAUCUUCAGCUCUUUGCUGCAUGUCCUCACCGCUCCUCUCUGCUCCUCAUGUUUCCUCAGAUUAUCGGUUUUGAACGUCGCUAUAGAGACUCGUCAUGUUCCCGAUCCUUCGUCCUCUCACUCCUGUCCUUCUCUCUGUCAUCGUGGAGGUCUGUCUGUCUGUCUGCAGCUUUAUGUCAGUGUUCGUAUGUUAGAGGAUAACGUUAAAAUGCAGAAAAGUAUUUUCAGAGGUUUAAUUUUUUUCUAAAUCAAAAUUUUUUUUAGAUUUACUCUUUUUUUUUUUAAAGUCGUUUCCUCACAAGAAUAAAGAUCGUGUAAAAACAAUAAAAAACAAAUCUCUGAAAGGGAUAUUCCAGCGUAAAAUUAAUGCUCAGAACAGCACCUAACUUCAUCAACAGGACAUAUAGGGUCACAGACAUAGUACUAGACACCAAACAUCUUUUUAACUUUGACUCAUUUCUUUAGCAAAGAGACUAAACACAACUCACCUACUCUCUUCCAGCAGACGCUUGUUUGUAGCGAGACCAUUAUGGACUGCAGCGGAGUUUCGCAGCUCAAGGAAGAACAUUUAUGAUCAUUACAUUAUGGAAAUACAAUCAGACCGAGACGCUAAGGCAGAAGAACUACAGCGUCUGUAAAAUGAUUAAUAUGGUGAUUAUUACUUCAAGGAAAAGAUCAUAAAUGUUCUUCCUUGAGCUGCCAAACCCCGCUGUAUUCCGGAGGUCUCACUACGAACAAGCGGCUGCUGGGUUUAGUCUCUUUGCUAAAUUAAUUUUACGCCGGAAUUUCCCUUUAAUUCUGAAUGAUGAGUAAAAAAACGCUGACUCAACGACCUCCACUUUGGCAGCCAGCAUGUUCCUCAGAUCUCUGAGACCCUUCUGUGUGACCUCCCUGUGUGGCCCCGCCCCCUUUUCGCCUGUAAUGAUGUCAUGUAUCAGCAGAACCCCUCCAGCCUCCUUCUCAUCUCCUCCUCCCCUCUCCUCUCCCCUCCUCUCCUCUCCUCCCACAGUCUUCAGGAGGCCCUCAGCCAGGCCUCCCAGCCUUCUACUUCCCAGGUGAAAAGUCAGCCAUCCAGAACCCCGUCCCAGGUGACCGUGCUGAGCACAAGCGCCUCCCUGCUGGCCAGGAACGGAAGCACGCACCUGGAGGGUUGUCAGGACAAGGCCUCGACCGUCGGCGCCUCCAGCCUGCAGGACGACUUCGGUGAGGAGAGCCGCGGUGUCGGGAUAAACCGGUUUCUCAUGACGGGGAGGUGGAUGUGUGUUUGCUCUGUGGUCACGGUCUGGGCUCUGCCGCCGCUCUGGGCGGACUGUUGCUACGGCAGCGGCGGCUCCGAUGUGACUCUUAGUCAGUCAGUCAGUCAGAGCGGCGGUAUUAUCCACGCUCGCUGCUGUUCACGCUCCAUUUCUCCCUGUCUGUGAUGUUUUGUCUGCAGCCAAUACUUGACCUCUCUUGGACGCCGCUGUCACUGCGCCGCUGCAGAGCGCCGCUGAUGCCCCGUGCGCACACACAUGCACACUCACACACACACGCCUCACUGAUGGACGUUAAUGAUCAUAAAGACAAAUUGUGUAAGAGCGGGUUUGUGUCCUUCCUCUGUAACCGUGGUAACCAGAUUACUGCUGCGGCUCAUCAUUUGACCCAGGGCUGCGUGAAGUUAGGAGACACUUAGUAGUCUGAUGAGUGUGUGUGUGUGUGUGUGCAUAUUAUUCAUUACUUCUACAGCGUCUGCAGCUCGUCCUGGUGUGACCACUUAAAGGAGCAGUCUGACAUUUUUAAAGAGGAUUUUCUGUGAUUGUUUACGUCUUUGGAGUCGAAAUAACUGAGAGAGACAAAAAGGCUGUGAACUGAAAACUGUCCGGAGAGAUCAGGUCGGGUACGAGUUCGGUUUGGUCAUCUUCUAAGACAGCAUCGAGGGUUCAGAGCUCUCCAGGUGGACCCUCUAUGUGUGGUUUUCUCUGUAGGCUCCUCUGGGUUUAAAAACACCCGUUUUCAGCCAAAAGAGUUAAGAGAGAGAGAGUCAGUCGGUGUUUCCCCGUAGACCUUUUUUUCAGCAGGAGUGGAGGGUGGGUUUCGCUGUUGACACCACUCUGGCCGCUCAAGAAGCAGAGCUGUUACAUUCACGUUAUACUCACUAUAUAGACCAUGUAGAAGCUGAAACCUUUCACAUUAAUGGAAGAGAGUCAGACAGGAUUUGAUGGGAUGUUUAAAACAAGUUGAAAAUAACGUUAUGUUGUUGUGCUCACACAGUGCGAGUAGAAAUCAUUCGUGGCGCAUUGAUAUUAAUGAUCAUGUGAAAUUUCAGCAGUGGCAUGAAUGAAUGUAGGAGAAACACUGAGAGUGACGGGAAAUAUGACUACUCGGACCCCUGGAGUCGGCUGGAGUUAGUCGACAGGCCGGACCAGGUUUUGGUACAACCAUCUUUGGAGGGUCUCAUGUCUGGAUUCUGUGUUUGGUGUCAUUUUAAAGAAGACCGUCUUGGUUUUCACACAGAUGAUCGUAGAUUACUCAGUAUUAACCCCUGAUCUGUGCUUGUUUACAUCCAGGUAGUAGAGCAUCAUGGGAGUAGCUAUGAUGGACGAUAGCAGAAAUAUAAGAUAAUUAGUCUAACUGACCAGCAUGAAGGGCUGAGCGAUAAACCGGAAAUUUACCGAUACCAAAAUUUACAACAAUAACCAACGUGAUUUUACCCAUAUCGGUAUAUUCAGUGUCAAAACAAUAAAUAAAUCAAAGUUGGUUUUGGAUGUGUGUAGGUAGGCUAUGGUCUCAUGUCCCUUUAACUGAUCAGUAUAUCGUGAUUUUGAUUUGAGGACGUAUCGUUCAGCCCUAGCAGCACAGAUGUGUAAGAACCAAAGCUCCUCCUCUCACUGACUCAGAAAGUUCGUCCCUCCUCGACCUCCUGAUGAUUUCUUCAUGAAAAUAUUCAUCGCUCUGCUCUGAGCGGCGGCGUCUUGUCCUCGUCAGAUAUCCUUAAAUAAAUAUUUUUCAUUUCUCCGCUGUGAGGUACUUUCUCUUACACAAUCGGAGAAAAUUUGCUUCCACUCUCUUCAAGUGUCAGAAACUUCAGUUUGAUGUUUUAGUAUCUGCGGGUCACACUUCAGUUUUCUUCCUUUAGCUGAAUUUCUAAUCACACAAACAAGAACAGAUCUGAGAGAGGUCUGAGUGUGGACUACAGGAACGGCGUUACCAUGGCGACUGUGUGUAUCCUUCCUGUCAGGGAUGCUGUUGUCAUAUUUUAGGAAUCACUUUAAGAUGUUUCAGAUGAGUCUGUGAACGUCAGAGUGGAAGCGAGGCUCCUCCAGGUGUUUCUUCUUCGUCUUCGUUUGACCUUCUGACAUCACAGAUUUAAUGACGCCGCUCUGAGGUCACACAGACACACCAGGCCUCCGAUUCGCCGCAAGGAAAGAGUGGCUCUAACUUCUCUUUCUCGUUCUGUUUUUGUUCCCGCAGGAAAACUCACACCGUCUUUGUACGAGGCCGGCGGGUGUGACAUGUCGCUGGUUAACUUCGAACCCGCGACCAGACGAGCCUCGAAUAAUGUUUGGUAAGAGUCAGACCGAGGAGGAGACACCUGAGACCAGCUCAGACUAACACUGGGCCUGACCUGUUAGUUCAGGGCAGAUGACCCCUCGCCCUCAUCUGUCCUCUUUCUUCUGUCUGCAGGGACACCGACUCCCACCUCUCCAGUUCUACCUCAGUUCGCUUCUACCCUCAUGACCUGGUGAGUUUCCAGCCGCUGAGAUUUUCCUGCUUAUAUAUGUGAGAGUUUAUAGUGACGAGAGACAGAGAGAGGGAGUCCCUGGACAGAGACGAAAACAAACAGAGUCUACUCCCCUCUGCAGAUCUUUUUAGCAUAUCUCUGCAGAUUAUUUUUGGCGUUGAAACACUUCUCUCUCUCUCUCUCUCUCUCUCUCUCUCUUUUUUCGGCUCCAUCAGCUUCAAAAUAAAUCAAAAUAAAUUUCUGUUCAGGUCGAUAUUUCUCAAGUUUUUAUCGAACCCUAACCCAAACCUGCCAACAUUCGGGUUUUAAAAUCCAGGAGAUUUUUGUGGCGCGCGCCGAGCUGUUUUGGGUUAUGAGCUAAUUAUGAGCAUUUGUAAUUAAAUUGCUCAUCUAAAUACGUCUAAAUGAAGCUGCACAUUUUUUCUGUUUUGUUUUAACAAUAACAAAUGGUAAUUUAAAGAAAUAAUAGCUACGAUAUGCUUCGAACUCUUGAACAUCUGUGUGUGAAAUACAGCACUCUUUUAUCUGAGGCUGCCCUGAACGCAUCACUCUGAGAAUAUCAACGUAAAUGUUAUAUUUCAGGUUCGUUGUUCUUUUACUGAAGUGUUCAUUCUGUAACAAACACUUCUUAAAUAUAGUUUACAGCUUAAACCGACCUGAAUCAUCCCAAACUGUAAAGUCAAAGUAUUAAUCCAGAGUUUGUGAGGCUCAGCAGAAACACAGGACAAACUUCGGUUGUCUGAAAACCUGGAAACUUUGGACAAAUAUUGUCUGAUUUAUAAAUGAACGUGGACCAUCAAACUACGGGAGAUUUCCAGGAGAAAUGACAAUAGAGGAGGUGGGCGGGAGAAAGGUCUGAAAUAUCGGAGAGUCCUGAAAAAAACAGGAGUGUUUGCAGGUUUCCUCUAACCCGACCUCCGCUGAUUGAAGCGAUGUAUGUUGAACUGAUGUUAGUCGUGGACUUUGCCUGACCGUGGGGCAGAUCUCCCUCCCUCAGAUCCGGCUGAACCGUCUGCUGACCAUGGACCCAGAGCUGCUGGAGCAGCAGGACGGAGAUCUGAGCCCGGAGCUGCAGGACGCUCCGCUCGGACAAGAGGACGCCGCGGCCGCCGCAGCCGCCGGCAAAGCCAAACAGUACUACCGCCUGUGGCUUCUGCCGUUCCUGUGGGUCGGCCUGCACUUCGACCGGCUCACUCUGCUGGCUCUGUUCGACAGGUGGGACGGUCUGGACGGCCUUCAUCAUCAUCAUCAUCAUCAUCAUCAUCAUCAUUAAUAGAGGAGUAGGUCCGGUUUAGACUCGUCUUUGUCGUCUUUCAGGAACCGUGAAGUUCUGGAGAACGUGCUGGCCGUGAUCCUGGCCGUCCUGGUGGCCUUCCUGGGUUCGGUGCUGCUGGUCCACGGCUUCUUCACCGACAUCUGGGUCUUUCAGUUCUGCCUUGUCAUCGCCAGCUGCCAGUACUCUUUACUGAAGGUCCGCUCCCCUGAAUCGAUCACACGUCCUCAAAGUUUGACCUUCUUCUUCUUCGUCCUCUGAAUCGUCUUCUUUUCUCUCCACAGAGCGUUCAGCCGGACUCCUCCUCUCCUCGACACGUAAGUGAUCCUUCCUGCUGAGUCACCUCCAAGUCCGACCCCUCUGAAACAUCCUGAAGCUCCCAGAGUAACAGAGACUCAGCUUCUGUAGAUGAUGUUUCUCAGACGUUCCUCAAGUUCCUGUUUUCCUCUCCGAUUGAUGUUUUUCACUCUCCCCUCCUGUGACUCUGCGUCUCCCCCUCCUCCCCCCCUGCGUCAGCAGCGGCGUCUUUUAUUCAUGCCGCUCCCCCUUCAGCUGCAGGCGAAGGCUUUAAAUAACCGUCCAGAGUGUCGACCACACGACUCGCUCUCUGCUUCAGGCUGCAGCCCCCCCUCCCCCUCCUCACCUCGUCUCACCUUCUUCUUCUUCUCUUCUUUUCACGACUCUGUUGACGUAUUUUGAGCAGACCUGGAUGUGAUUGUUGGUUUGUAAACUGUCAGGGAAAAAUACUCUCUCUCUGUCUCUCUGUCUUUCUCUCUCUCUCUCUCCCUCCUCUCUCUCUCUCCCUCUCUCUCUCUGUUUUUACCUGUGUCACGGUCCCUGAGGUUCUCCUCCUGAUGAAGUCUUUCUUUUUAGACAGAUCCUGAUAGAGUAGAUCCAUCACUCUGAUCUGCUGAUAAUCUUAUUUAUCGUCACUUUUCUCUUCAGUCGUCAUGAGGACACACACUUUUAGAGCCAGAGGGCAUGCUGGGAAUUGACGCUCCGAUUUAGACCCUGAAAAAGUAGAAAAACACGAGCAGAGAAGUUUUUGUUUGAGGAAACCUGCUGAGAGUGAUUUUUAGUCUGCAGGAUCCUGAUGAGUCAGCUGGUCCUGCUUCACUGAGGGGGUUUUUACGGACCUCUAAGAGGACUCUCCUGGAUCACACAGAUGACCUCAUGUGACCUCUCCCCCCCGUCUCUGUCCUCACAGGGUCAUAACCGCAUCAUCGCGUACAGCCGGCCCGUCUACUUCUGCCUCUGCUGCGCCCUCAUCUGGCUGCUGCACUACGGCAGCCUGAGGACCGCCUCCUCACGCUUCACCCUCUACGGGGUCGCACUCACCAGCUCCCUGGUGCUCGCCUCGGCCCGGGACCUGGUCAUCGGUGAGUUUACUUCCUUUUAUCAUUCAUUUAUGACACUGAUUAUUUAGGAUGGCGAACUUUGGAGAACACAGGAAGUUCCAGAAAAGGAGAUUAGAGCGAUUUAGAGAGGUUAGAAACAGCUGAUGGUCCGUCUGCACGUCAAACACAAACCGUCCUCCGGUGAUCAGGUUAGAGAAACGCUCUGACAUGUACAGAAGCCAUGAUCUCUUUCCUAUGAGCCGUGCUGAUUGGUUUAGAGAGAAUCAUGGCCGCCGUUUAUAAAACAACAAUUGACAUAAAUCGCUGCUGUUUCCCCGGAGACGUGCGGCUCUUCACUGAUGUGCAGCUCGCCAUCCUGAUUUAACCUGAUUACCUGAUGUUUCUCUCUCUCUCUCUCUCUCUCUCUCUCUCUCUCUCUCUCUCUCUCUCUCUCUCAGUCUUCACCCUCUGCUUCCCCAUCAUCUUCUUCGUCGGGCUGCUGCCACAGGUCAACACCUUCGUCAUGUACCUCUUCGAGCAGCUGGACAUCCACGUGUUCGGCGGCAACGGUGAGUGACUUUAACGGGUGUGACUCACCUGCCGAGGGUGACUUUGACCUCCCCUCCUCCGCUCGCUCCCGCCUCUUUCACAUCAUGACACAGCAGAGCUGCAGAAGCGCUGAUUAGCAUUCUGCGCGGCCCGCUGCCUGUCAGGAUGAGCGCGGCGUCGCUGACAUCCUCUCUGUUCUCUCUGCAGCGUCCACGAGCCUCCUGUCGGCGCUGUACAGCGUGCUGCGCAGCGUGGUCACGGUCGCCCUGCUUUACGGCUUCUGCUACGGCGCUCUGAAGGUAGGACGACCAGUCAUAGAGUAAAGAUACUCAUCCAGAAAAAUGAAGAGAACGUGGUUAAAAGUGUUUUUCUGUGCGUCUCAGGAGAGCUGGGAGCCUCAUCACAUCCCCGUCUUGUUCUCCAUCUUCUGCGGCCUCCUGGUGGCGGUGUCCUACCACCUGAGCCGGCAGAGCAGCGACCCCUCUGUCCUCAUGUAAGUUUGACGCCUCACACACCAAAACCUCGAGGUAUUCGGAGAAUCUGAGAUUAAAAAAACAUGAAGGUUAAAGUCAAAUAUUGUCCUGGAACAGCUGGCGUGAGAAAAACAAAAGAAUCUUAAAAACGCUCUUUGUCCUUCCAGCUCGCUGAUCCAGUCCAAGAUUCUGCCCAACCUCAGAGACAAGAACCCGGAGGACCCUCUAUCGGAAGUCCAGGACCCUCUGCCUGAGAAGCUCCGCGCCUCAGUGGUGAGUGUCGCCUCAUGACCUGCUGCGGUUUAAAUUCAGGAGAUAAUCAGCUGAUUUUUCUUCGUUUUCGUACGUUUGCAGAACGAGCGUCUGCAGUCCGACCUGAUCGUCUGCGUGGUCAUCGCUGUCCUUUACUUCGCCAUCCACGUCAGCACUGUGUUCAUUGCACUACAGGUAGAGUAUCUUCAUCCAUGUGGAUGAGUCAGAACAGGCUGUCUAAGACCUCACAGCCAUAUAAACAUAUAACUCUCUGAAAGCACAGCUGCAUUGCAUUGUGGGAGAGUCUAAACUAAAUCAACAACCUCCUCACUGUGAGGCGCUGUUGCACCAACAUGCAUCCUGCAGAAUUUGGUAGUUUUACAGUAAUUUACCCUAUUAAAUGUAUUUUACUGUAUUUACUGUAUUUUACUGUAUUAACUCAAGUUCACUGUAUUUUAUUGUAUAUACGGUAUUUUACUGUAUUUUACCGUAUUUACCAUAUUUUACUUUAUUCAAUGUAUUUUACCGUAUUUAUUAUAUUUUACUGUAUUUAAUAUAUUUUACUGUAUAAGCUUUAUAUUACAGUAUUUAGGAUAUUUUACUGUAUUUAAUCAUAUUUACUUUAUUAUACCGUAAUUACAAUAUUUCACUGUAUUUAAUGUAUUUUACUGUAUUUACUUUAUUUUACCAUAUUUUUAUUUUCUUUUACCGUAUAUACAUUAUUUUGCUGUAUUUCAUGUUUUUUACUGUAAUUACUGAAGUGCACUUUUUGUUGUAUUUACGGUAUUUUACUGUAUUUACUAAAUGUUACUGUAUUUUACUGUAUUUACUGUAUUUGACCGUAAUUUAUUUUCUUUUACCGUAUAUACAAUAUUUUACCGUAUUUAAUGUUUUUACUGUAUUUACUGAAGUUUACUUUUUUGUGGUAUUUACGGUAUUUUACUGUAUUUACUAUAUUUUACUGUAUUUUACUGUAUUUACUGUAUUUUACUGUAUUUUACUGUAUUUUACUGUAUUUUACUGUAUUUACUGUAUUUUACUGUAUUUUCCUGUAUUUCUAACCCCCCCCCUUUGUCUCCUCCAGCCCUUCCUCAGUUACGUCCUGUACGCCCUCCUCGGGACGGUGGGGCUGCUCACUCACUACCUUCUUCCUCAAGUCCGUAAACAGCUGCCCUGGUACUGCUUCUCGCACCCGCUGCUCAAAACCAAGGAGUACUACCAGUUUGAAGUCCGGGGUGAGUCUGAUUGGUCAGAACGGAACCCCCCAGGUCCCUGCAGGAUAUAUUUCUUGUGCUAACUCUGCCUUUCCGCUCAGACGCCGCUCACGUGAUGUGGUUCGAGAAGCUCCACGUGUGGCUGCUGUUCGUGGAGAAGAACGUCCUCUACCCCCUCGUCAUCCUGAACGAGCUGAGCGGCAGCGCCAGAGAGCUCGCCAGUCCGAAGCGUCUCGACACAGAGUGAGAACGUUUUCCUGACUCUCUUCUCCUCAGAUAGAUUUUCGUCUUUUCUGCGUCCGCUCACUGAUUUUAUCCCGACGUCCUCCAGGGUCGGCGCUCUGAUGAUCACGGUGGCGGGCCUGAAGCUGCUGCGCUCCUCCUACAGCAGCCCCACCUACCAGUACAUCACCAUCCUCUUCACCGUCCUCCUCUUCACCUUCGACUACCGCCAUCUUUCUGAGACGCUGCUGCUGGACCUCUUCCUCAUGUCCAUCGUUUUCAGCAAGGUCAGUGUCUCCGCCCACCCGCGUUCCCGUCAGUCCGGACUUUGUCAUUUUUGUCCAAUCACAGGACUCUGAAGUCUCUGUGUGUCUGUGUUUGUUACAGAUGUGGGAGCUCUUCUACAAGCUGCACUUUGUCUACACCUACAUCGCCCCCUGGCAGAUCACAUGGGGCUCAGCCUUCCACGCCUUCGCUCAGCCCUUCGCCGUGCCUCGUAUCCUUUUAUCACGCCGAGUCACGGGUUUUUUUACAGAGAUUUUUAAAGGCGAUCUUGUUUUGAUUCGACUGAAAAAUCUCCUUUAAAAACAAACACAGAUCAGCUGAAAACUGACCACCAGGGGGCGCAGAAACGACCAGAAACCAGCCUUUACUGUUUUAAGUGUGUUUAAACAGAUCUGACUGAUCCUUGACCUCAGCCCCACCUCAGACUCCGCCAUGCUCUUCGUCCAGGCCGUCGUGUCCGCCAUCUUCUCCACCCCCCUCAACCCUUUCCUGGGCAGCGCCAUCUUCAUCACCUCCUACGUCAGACCCGUCAAGUUCUGGGAGAGGGAUUACAAGUGAGGGGAACUUUUCAAAAACGGUCGUUCCUCGUUCAAACGUGGCGAUGGUUUGAGUUGGUCUCACGUUUCUGUCGUCUCUGUUCGCAGCACCAAACGAGUGGAUCACUCCAACACUCGGCUCGCCUCCCAGCUGGACAGAAACCCGGGUAAGAGGGCGCCGAUUCUCCUUCAUGGGUUAGGGACACGCCUCUGAAAUCCUGAGGGCCGUUUUGAGAAGGGCCCCCAGAUCCUGGAGUUUUCUGAAGUGUUGAGGUUUAGAAAGAAGCUGAUAUCUCAAAACACGUGGCUUUUAAGAUAACGAUCUUUUAUUUUUCCGAACCUUCAUCACAUUUUUAAAAACCUUGAACAAACAAACUCAAGUGAAAUGAAGCGGCUGUAUAAAUAAAAGAAGAAUAAAACUUGAUCAUUUCUCUCUUUCUCUCUCUUUGUCUUCAGGAUCCGACGACAACAACCUGAACUCCAUCUUCUACGAACACCUGACCCGCUCCCUGCAGCACAGCCUGUGCGGAGACCUCCUCCUGGGCCGCUGGGGGAACUUCAGCACCGGGGACUGCUUCAUCCUGGCCUCGGACUACCUGAACGCUCUGGUGCACCUGAUCGAGAUCGGGAACGGCCUGGUGACCUUUCAGCUGCGCGGGCUGGAGUUCAGAGGUCGAGUUUUCUUCUUGUUUUUAGGAGGAUCAUGAUUUUAAAUAAUUUAACCUUUAAAUACCUGAAACCACAGAUUAUGGCCAGAAAAGGCACAUUUUUUUUGGAGCUGAGAUGUUUAUUUCAGAUCUAAAUGUCCUUAAAGUUGAACAAAUAUAUUUUUUUUAUCUCGUUUGAUACAUUAGAUGUUUUUAAAAACUGAUAAACUAAAUUUUAAAUAUUCGUCAGACUGUUUUCGUAUCGUAUUGAUUUGAUAAAAGUUUAUAAAAGUUUAAAAAAGUUUGUAAUCUGGUUAUAAUUCCUCCCCACAGGCACUUACUGCCAGCAGAGGGAGGUAGAGGCCAUCACGGAGGGCGUGGAGGAGGACGAGGGCUGCUGCUGCUGCGAGCCGGGUCACCUCCCUCACAUCCUGUCCUUCAACGCCGCCUUCGGGCAGCGCUGGCUGGCCUGGGAGGUGCUGGUCACCAAAUACGUCCUGGAGGGUUACAGCAUCACGGACAACAGCGCCGCCUCCAUGCUGCAGGUGUUCGACCUGCGGCGGAUCCUCACCACCUACUACGUCAAGGUCAGUGGGUCGCAGCGGCUCAGGUGGCGUUUAUUUGAAACGCAGGUGGACUAAAUGUCGCCCUCCUGACCCCCCUUUAGGGUAUCAUCUACUACGUGAUCGCCUCGCCCAAACUGGAGGAGUGGCUGGCGAACGAGACCAUGAAGGACGGGCUGAGGGGGUGCGGGGAGAGGAACUACGUGGACCUGGAUCCGACCUUCAACCCCAACAUCGACGAGGACUACGACCACAGACUGGCGGGGAUCUCCAGGGACAGUUUCUGUGGGGUCUACCUGAGCUGGAUCCAGUACUGCAACUCUCGGCGGACCAAGGUAAGACCAGAUCAGGUAUGACACUCAGAACCCGGUGGGUUCUGGAUCAGGGUUUGAUGAGGGUCUUUGUUUUGUCAGCCCCUGGACAGCGAGAAGGACUCGGCUCUGGUUCUGCUCUGCUUCGGUCUUUGUGUUCUGGGGAGGAGAGCUCUGGGAACGGCGGCCCAUCACAUGUCCAGGUGAUUAACCCACGAAGCUCUAAAAACACAAACAGAACCAGAACUUUGUUUGUUUUUUAUCCGGGUCCUAAAACGGCGUCCUGUCCUCACAGUAACCUGGAGUCCUUCCUGUAUGGACUUCACGCCUUAUUCAAAGGAGACUUCCGGAUCUCCUCGGUGAGAGACGAGUGGAUCUUCGCCGACAUGGAGCUGCUCAGGAAAGUCGUGGUUCCUGGGAUCCGAAUGUCCCUCAAACUGCACCAGGUGAGACCGGCGGCCUUCCUGUUACCGUGACGAUCUCACGCUCUGGCGUUGAUUUUAACACUCAGAGCGAUCCCGCGUGACACCGUGAGUAAACGUUAACCUCGUUUCUCUCAGGACCACUUCACGUCCCCCGACGAGUACGACGAGCCGGCGGUUCUGUUUGAAGCCAUCUCCUCCCACCAGCAGAACCUGGUCAUCGCCCACGAGGGAGACCCCGCCUGGAGGAGCGCCGUGUUGUCCAACGCCCCCUCGCUCCUCGCCCUGCGCCACGUCCUCGACGAAGGAACCAACGAGUACAAAAUAAUCAUGCUGAACCGGCGGUACCUCAGCUUCCGUGUCAUCAAGGUGAGACCCGGUUUUUCUUUAGGGGGGCGGGGUUUAAGGUUCUGGUCUGAGACUCUUACAGACACGGAUCAAACUCGCCCCGCAGGUCAACAAAGAGUGCGUCCGAGGUCUGUGGGCGGGGCAGCAGCAGGAACUGGUCUUCCUGAGGAACAGGAACCCGGAGCGCGGCAGCAUCCAGAACGCCAAACAGGCUCUGAGGAACAUGAUCAACUCGUCCUGCGACCAGCCGAUCGGGUACCCCAUCUACGUCUCGCCGCUGACCACCUCCUACUGCAACACCCACCCCCAGCUCGGACACAUCCUGGGCGGACCCAUCAGCAUCGGGAACAUCAGGAACUUCGUGGUCAGCACCUGGCACAGGUGAGUCCCGUCAUGUCUCAUAAAAACGCAGACGGAGGUCAAGUCGUCUUCCCGCCGUGUGACCCGUUAACCUUUGCUCCCUCAGGUUGCGUAAAGGCUGCGGCGCCGGCUGUAACAGCGGAGGGAACAUCGAGGACUCGGACGCCGGCGGGCUGUCCUGUGGCAGCGGCAACGGGACGGGGGGCGAGUCACAGCAGAGCUCGGUGUCUCAGGGCGGGACGUCCGGACACGCCCCCUCACACUCGUACCCGCCGCACACACUCGGUAAGGACUGAUGCGUUUGUAGACGUGAACAUCCUCCAGGCCGCUUUCAUUAACCCCGCCUCUUUGUGGUCCAGGAACCAGUCAGAGCUCCCAGUCGGUCCAGUCCGGUCUGGUCCGUCACUCCCCCGCCCGCGCCUCCGUCGCCAGCCAGUCCUCCUCGUACCGUUACAGCAGCAGCCGCCACUCCUCCCUCCGCACCUCCACCACGGGCCUGGAGCCCUGCCGCCGCUCCUCCACCAGCCAGCUGUCCCUGCGCACGCUCCCCACCUCCCUGCAGCUCCGCCUGGGCUCCACCUCCGACCCCGCCGGCGGCCCCUCCGCCUCGCUCUCCAGCCACAGCAUCCCUCCCUGCAAACGCCACACGCUGGUGGGUCUCCUGGGCAACGACGGCCUGUGCGCCACCGUGACGGACCCCCUCAGCCAACAUCACCACCAUCACCACCACCCGCAGCAGCACAACCCCGCCGUCUCCACCGUGCGCAGAGACGACAUCUCCUACAGAGUGCAGGUACAGACGUAUGACACGAUAGAUUCCACCCACGCUCGAACCCUCGAGUUACCGGCGUAAGUCGGAAAAAAGAAAAAUCGGAGGCGGAAACAAGAUGGCUACCUCUACGAAAGUUAUUUAAGCGCUGUAUUCGGAAAAAGGCAAACGCUAAAAUAACUUUCGUACAUCUUGUUUCGGCCUCCGAUUUUACUUUUUUCCGACUUGGUAACUGAAACGCCGGUAACUCGGGUGUGACGUUGUUUUCAGGUAACUUGAACGCCGCAUUAGUCUCUUGAAAACGAGGCGGUCUUGAUCUAGAGUUGGGGUCUCUGUGUCUCUCAGAUCGUGGACCUCAAUCAGGUUCUGGAGAACAUCAACUUAUCCAAGAGGAAGGAGCUGCAGUGGCCUGACGAGACCGUGAGACUGAGAGCAGGACGGACCUGCUGGAGGGACUGGAGCCCCCUAGAGGGCAUGGAGGGACAUGUAAGUCCAGAUCAGCUGAGUGCUUUUAAACCUGAAAGUGUUUUUGAUCUCAAUACGAGUGUUUGAGGGGAGAUAACUUCAGGGUUUCUUCUGAUUGCAGCACCAACAGCAAAGGCAGAAAUAAUGAGAGUUAACAGGAUGGUAAAAAUGUGAGAAUAAAUGAAUGAAAAAUAAACAAACAGAUAUAAUAAGUAAAUUUAAUUAAAAUAAACGGUGUUCAGAUAGUAGUAGUGAUGAUCUAAAGGGAAGAAAACUCCUAAAAACAGUCAAGAUGAAGCUCAGAUUAUCCAACAUGGCCGAACAUCACUAACACUAGCCGAGCUAGCGCUGUCGCUACUUGAUCCGUCACCGAAACCCGAUUUAUACCCCGCAUGUGCGAAACGUACGUCACUUCCACUUCGUAUUUCGAUGCAUUUUCAGCAGUUUUGGUCGUUACUGUUGCUACCUACCCGAUCCGUACUGCACUACCGAUCAAUUCAGAAACAAGAUGGCGAUGUGACAGGCUAGCUAGCAGGAGGCUCCAGGACUAAUGCCGAGGCAUUCGUCAGAGCUCCGGCCCAGCACGGUGAGACCUUUUGGGCCAGCUGGAGUAGGAACCUUUAAUCGUAAAAUUGGGCGCCAUUCUCUUGACUUUCUGAACAAGUAUCGAAGCUGUCGCAAACCGCAAGAGGCAAUAAAGUAGAGGAAGUGACGUACGUUUCGCACAUGUGCGGUACAAAUUGGGUUUCCGGGACGGAUCAGGUAGCGACAAGCACCACCGUGCAGGUUGACGUCAACAUGCCUGUGCUGGUGACACAUCACUCCGACAGCCUGGAGAUGAGACGUCAUCUGUCUUCUGUGCUCGUUUACAUCCAGGUAGAUCGGCAUUAUAGUGUAACGAUGGUGCUGACCAAUCAGAGGAGGCGCCCUGCCCAGUCCUGGGAAUGUAAAAACGUUCUUUAUUAAUUAAACUUGGCGGCUAAUUCUGGUUCUUGAAAAGGUUCGAAGCUCUCUCUCUCUGUUUCAAACUCUGACCUCGAUCAGAGCGAAUGUUCGUCUUUCUUUUUUAAACUCGUCUCCUCUAACGCUCGCUGUGACCUACUUCCUCUGUAACGAAUCUGAUUGGACGCCUCCGUCUCUCUCCCCCCUGCAGGUGAUUCACCGGUGGGUGCCUUGUAGCCGAGACCCAGCCAAUCGCUCCCAUAUCGACAAGACCAUCCUGCUGGUACAGGUGGAAGAUAAGCUAGUGCCCAUCAUCGAGACUGGGGUCAUUGAGUUGGGCGCCGAGGUUUGAGACAAGCAAGCACACACACGCUACACACUACACACACAAACACAAACACACACUAUGAAGAGGAAGCCGCAGCAGCCUGCAGUCAAACAGGCAGCGGGAGUUCUCCCCCCUCCCCUGCUCCUGAUCGCUGAGGGGGAAAAGGAAGCCAGGGAAAAGUGCAAGCAGAGGCAGCCGAGCAUCUCUUCAUCCUGAAUGAUCCUUUACUGCAUCCACACACACACAUGAACACACACACGAACACACACACAAACACACACUCCCACAGUAUCUGCCUUGCUUUGCGUCUCAGAAAUGCUGCAUGACAGUAAACACUCCUUCAGUUUAGUUCCUUCUUGCUCCUGGUGAUUCAGUUCUAUGCAUUCAUCGACUCUUUCUCUGAGCGUGGAGAUUUUCUUUGUGGGUUUGGAUUGUCUUGAAAUGAUUUGCCAAAACAAAAAAAACCCGCCGCGGUUUUUUACACAUGAGAGCUUUUCUUUUUUUUUUUUUUCUGUUGUCGUCGUCGUUGUUGUUAUUUUCGUUGCCAAGACAACAGAGGAGCCUGUGUUGCAGGAGAAACUGAAGUCAGAGUCCUGACGCUGCGCUGACAGGCUCCUCUGUUCCACGUUGUCAUUCCCUUCGGAUUACUUUGACAAUUGCAAGAUUUACUUUGCGCAAAGAAAAAAAAAAAACUUGCACUAUAAUUUUUGUUUUGAUUUACAGCGAUGCACUACACUCUUUAGAUGAUAUGGUGUUUAUUUAUUACAGACUCAGAAUGGCCAUGGUUACCAAUGCCUUGGGAAUGAAAAAACAAAAACAAAUGCAAUCGUCUUUUUUCUGUUUUCAGCCAUUUUUAUUUACGACUUUAUGUUUGAUAAACUUGAAAAUAACUUUUUACUGUAUAUGAUUAUAUAUCUAUAUAUAGUAUAUGAAAAUAUAUAUAUAUUUACACAAAUAUAUAUAUAUAUAAUGUCAAUGUAUAAAGGAGAUUUUGUUUUGGAUAUUUAUUACUGUGAACAUGGUAUUUACACUUUGUUACAUCUUCUUCUUUCGUUCGGGGACAAAGGUUAAUGUAUCGAGGACCAUUGGUUGAAAACGAUGCAGAAUUUUUGAUGGACUGUUUCACUAUUUAACUUAAUUCUUUUCUAUAUGGAGAAAUAAAAGUUUGAUUUAUUGCUGACAUCUUUAAAAA